CCCGCCAGCUCCGAGCGAGCAUUCGUUACUGAUGGGAGUAGUGAACGCUACAGUAACCCACGGCAGAAACAAACGAUGCUGUAGAUAUUUGCCACAGUCGCUCCAAGAUCUGCGAGGCUCGACGCGUCAGAUCCACAGAUGUGGGUGGCGUGGUCGGUGUGUGGAUGUGUCUGAUUGAACCAUUAGAGUUGAGUAACUUUUGAGAAUGCACGUCUGUUUACGUUGAGCUGAGGAAUGGACGCGCUUAGGAAGUGAAUGUCAAUGGAGAAUGUUCACGGUCCUCGUUGGCGUCGAGGCAUGGAUGCAUUCCUGCUCUACCUUCUUCUGCUAGUGGGAAUUGCGAAGGGAUCAAAUUAUGGCUACGUGGAAUGGUCUGAAAACGACAAAGAUCCCGAAAUCAAGGCUAAAUAUCCGCUUUACAGCACCGGGGAGACGAUGCACCAGCAGCCGACCGUCUCCAGCACCGAGCGGACGGCGGUGGCGCAUAAGCUCGAGGAGGAUCUGCCGCGGGUGGUCACCGCUUUCCUGCACACGGGGGACUCAUCCACCCUGGAGCAUGUCAACUGCUCUCGGCGGUACGAGCUGAGCAGCCUCCGCGGUGGAGCUCACGCCGCCUCGCACUCCUCCCUCCACGGCGUCCUCGACACCAUGGCGCACGCCACCAACUUCCUAAACAUGCUCCUGCAGUCCAACAGCUCCAGGGAGCAGCAUCUGAGGAGGGAUGUCCAGUGGUACCACGCGCUGGUGACGAGUAUGUUGGAAGGGAAUCCCAAAAUCCACCGGGCGGUGGUCACAUUUCACACGGAGUCUCCCGAGGCGCCCGGUCCGCAGGUGUUCCUUCAGGCGACCAGAGGCGAGGAGCGCAUAGCGCUUCAAGAUCUGUCCAACACCGCGCGCCAUCGCCUUAAAAACAGGACGUCUGAGUCCGACUGGUACAACGAGUUUCGGGACCGAAAGAGACCCCAGAGGCUGGCCAAAAGUCGAGGGUUUCCAGCAGCGCAGGGCGGAUAUUUUCUGGACAGAAGUCAUGUUAAGUGGUCUGCGCCCUAUCUAGAGUGCGAGCACGGCAGUUUUGUGCCGCACUGGCUGCUGACACUCUCCGCCGGUUUCUAUGGUCUGAAGAAUAACACGGCGCCGGAGUUUAGAGGAGUUGUGCGUGUGGAUGUUAAUCUGCAGGAUGUGGACAUUGACCAGUGCUCCAGCAGCGGCUGGUUUGCAGGAACUCACCGCUGUAACUUGACAACUAUGGAGUGUAAACCGAUUACAGGCCAUGGAUUUGUGCUGGACAAGUACAAGUGCCAAUGCAAGAGUGGUUUCUAUCACCAAAGCCAAGUGGCACUCAAUGGCUUCUCAAAAUUAGACCGGGGAACAUACCCUGAUGAAUCCUGGGAACCAUCCGGGAGGUGUUUGCCCUGCCGAGAAGGCUGUCCGUUCUGCACAGGUGACACACCGUGUGUGGCUCAGGAGGACACGGCCCUCCGCCUCGCCAUGGUCUCCUUUCAGGGCUUCUGCAUGCUUCUGGACCUCAUCAGCAUGGUGGUCGUCUACCACUUCCGUCGCAAUAAGAGAAUCAAAGCAUCUGGCCUUAUACUUCUUGAAGCGAUACUUUCAGGAUCUGUACUUCUCUACUUCCCUGUUAUGAUACAGUAUUUUAAUCCAAGUGUUUUCCGGUGUAUUCUCCUGAGAUGGGUCCGUUUGCUCGGAUUUGCUAUCGUCUACGGAACAGUGAUUCUCAAACUGUACAGGGUUUUAAAGGUGUUCCUGUCUCGCACCGCCCAGCGGAUCCCGUACAUGACCAACUGGAGGGUUCUGCGUCUGCUUGCUGUGAUUUUGCUGGUGGUCGUGUGGUUCCUCGUGGCCUGGACCUCAGCCGUAUGCCAGAGCCCUGACACCCAUCAUGCCCUCAUCGACAUCGGUUUUACCCCAGAGGGCCUGCAGUUCAGCAGGUGCCUGCUGGACAGCUGGGACUACAUGAUGGCUGCAGCGGAGUUCCUGUUCCUGCUAUGGGGCGUCUAUUUGUGCUAUGCUGUGAGGACCGUUCCCUCUGCUUUCCACGAGCCUCGCUACUUGGCCAUCGCCAUUUAUAACGAACUCCUCAUCUCUGCAAUAUUUCACAUCAUUAGGUUUUCUCUCGGCACUGGGCUGCAUCCAGACUGGAUGCUAAUGUUAUUUUUCGUACACACACACCUGACAGUGACGGUUACAUUGGGAUUACUUCUCAUUCCAAAGUUCUUGUUCACUGGAACUCAUACACGGGAGGAUAUAGCCACAGAGGCUUACGAUGAUGAGCUGGAUAUGGGUCACUCAGGCUCCUGCCUGAACAGCAGCAUAACAUCUGCCUGGAGUGAGCACAGUCUGGAUCCCGAGGACAUUAGGGAGGAGCUCAAACUCUAUGCUCAACUGGAGAUCUAUAAAAGAAAGAAGAUGCUGGCUAAUAACCCUCACUUACAGAAAAAACGCAGUUCCAAGAGAGGACUUGGACGGACACUAAUGCGCCGCAUCACAGAAAUACCUGAGACAGUGAGUCGGCAAUAUAGCCGGGAAGAUCGAGAUGCAAGUGACCAUGGGAGUAACAGAGGCACCUUAAGAAGAAACCCAUUUGACCCAUCUCACUCUGGGAAGUCAAGGGAAGAAUCGUUAAAGAGCAAGAUGUUCUCACUGAAGAGAUCUCACAGCUAUGACCAUACGCAUGACCAAGGUGGGGAAACCAAUGGAGUGUGUGAAGAUAAAAUGGAGAACUCUACUACUGAGGCUUCUCUGCUUGACACCUUGAUGGGCCGGAGGUCCAACAAGAAGAACCCUGAGGUGCCAAAGGUCGAGUUAGCUGAAUCUACCGAGUCAGUGCCCUUAGUGUGCAAGUCUGCAAGUGCACAUAACCUAGCAGCAGAAAAAAAGCCUGUACAUCUUCGGACCUCGAUGUUACAGAAGUCACUGUCUGUCAUUGCUAGCGCCAGAGAAAGGACACUGGGGAUUGCGGGGAAGACCCACAGUGUGGAAGAUGGCAGUAAAAAGGGUCUCAAAGCAAGGGACAGCACGGCGCUUUCGGAAGUUGACGAAUCCCCUGAGCGUCUACCAAAAAUGAUCAUCAGCCAGUCGGUUGAGUACACCAAAACGCCUAGUAAGAUGGGCAUCAUGAAGCAGCAGGUGAGCGGCAGUCAGCCCUCCAUUUGUUCAGAACCAGGGAAGAGCAAGGACCUGUACGACCUCUCUGAGGUGUGCCCUUGGGAAGUGGAGGAGUUACCCACUCCAACAGAGGGCAAGUCCCAGAAGCAUGUUUCCAUUGCUCCCACCGAAACUAAUACAAUCCAUGGGAGCAGUGCAAAAAGUGGACACAAGUCUCAACACAAACAAAAAGGGUUGGGCCAAUCUCCGUCAAACCGGCGCCGCUCCAGAGAUAAGACUGGGGACAGGGAUGAAGGGAGGAAACCCAAAUCACCUCUCAACCUCAAUGCCCACAAAGACACAAGUUCGUGGAACUUUGAGGAUCUACCAGUGCAACCAAUGGAGCCUGUAGGACUGUCCCCCGAGAGAACAAGCCGCAAGAAAAGUGUCACUCCCACAGAUGGAAAGCCCAAGAUCUUGGGAUGUCUCUCAGACAUCUCCAAGUCCACAGGAAGCCUUUUGCAGCCUCCAGCUCUCAUGGUGGAUAUCUGCCCUUGGGAUUACGAUCCCCCUCUGUCCCCCAACCAGGACAAGACUUGCAGCCCCACACAUCAUUCAAAGAGAAGAGAUUCUUGCUCGAAAAGAAAGGGAUCCUGCUCCUCCAAAGACAAAGCUAAGGAUAAAGAAGAUGACAAACGAACGUCCAAGAGUAAGGAGCGGAGAAGCUCCUCAAGCAAACCCUCCGAGAAGCGUCGCACAAGCCAAUCAGAGGGAGACCAAGUUGCCACAGUGGCAUCUGGAAGGAGGAGGAGCUCUACUAGAGACUCCGCCAUCAGUAAGCGUGCUGACGUUUGCCCCUGGGAGACAGAGGUAUUGCCAAGUGUUACCCCAAAUGAUAAACAGCCAGCAACGACUGAGAACCACACAACUCGAACACCCUCCACUUACCAAAACAUGGCUGAGGUUUGUCCAUGGGACUUUGAUGAGGAUCUGUCAGGGAAGAGUGCAUGACACAGUAAUCACAAAAUUAGACCACUCCGGUAGGGUUUCUAAGAUGAAAGUUAAGGCCCAUUCACACCAAGAAAGCUAACUGUAACGAUAACUGGCUUCCACACCAACAACAGACAAUAAUGUGUGCUGCAGUUAUAUAGUCUGCCAAUUUAAAUGCUCCUUGAAGUUGGGUGGAUUCUUUUUGGCAGUCAGUGUUUUUUAUCAUUCAUCAGCUGAAAAAAAAAACAUUAUUCUAAAUUCUAUUGCUGUCGUGUGGACAUUGCUAUUUUCAUAUAUUUAGAACAAUUAUUAAACCUUCAUAUUUAUAAUUGUCAUCCUUGGUGUGAAUGGGUCUUUAGCCUUAUUUUCACACUUAUUUGCUUUAAGUUUUCAGUAAAUUUUCAUAUAUACCAAGUACAACACUUUCUCAGAAGAUUUCAAUUCUUGUUAAUGUAAAAUGUAAAAGUUUCAUCCACAAAAACUGGCUUCCAGUUGAAAUAAAAUGGAUAUGGCUUCCAACUGAAAUAAAAAUAUAGUGCCUUGCAAAAGUAUUCAAACCCCUCUCAUUUUCAGUUUCAAGAUUGAUGUUUUAUAUAUUUAUUUAAACAUUUUUAUGUGACAUUUCUUUCAUUAUAUUUUAACAUUUCCCUAAAAAAAAAUCUGGAGGGCAAAAACAUAACACAGUGGAUGUCCCAGUGGCACUUCUGUUUCAGUUGUCAGGAAGCGUCCAGAAAAUGCAAUGUUCAACCCCUAAAUAAUACCAACAAUUUCUUUGAAGAAUUAGUUAAUUAUUUUUUUCUCACAAACAUUUCUGAAAAUGAAUACUGCAGUUUUUCAAAUCAGUAAUUAAGAUAAUUUGUUUUGGCGGUUUGAAGACCUUCACAAGGCACAGUUAGAGAGAGUGGGGUAAGAUGAGACGCAUCCUGUAUUAUAUGGCUAUUUUUGAUGGAAUAAACCACACAAUCCUAACCCUAACUCCAGUGAGUAAUUUUCUGGACAGGCUUAUUAUGAAUAAUUUUUUGAAGGUCAAUUUUAUAUAUAUAUUUAAAAAAAUUAUUGUAUAGAUAUAUACCUUUAAGAUUGCCCAGGAAAAAGGUCUGGCUCAUGUAAGUCGAUUUGAACUAUAGGUAUUUAAAACUGGCAUUUUUUUUUAAACUAACGGAAAACAAUCUUUUGUGUAACAUUUAAAAUAUAGCUGUUGUAAUGUUUCCAUGUGGCAACUAUCCCCAGUCCCAGUCUCUGCUGUAUAUCAUACAUGUUGGUGACUUGAUAGAUGUAACAAUAUAUCAAUGAUUUGGCUAAAUAAUACAACUAAAACAUAGCAUAGCACCUUUUUUUCUUCAAAAAAUGGUGGUGGGGAAAAUUACUUAUGGGAAAGUUGAGCUUGUAAGAAAUCCUAUUUCAUUGGCCCUAUGCUAUAAAUGUUUUCUUAUAAUAGCAGUUAAUAGGAGGCUCCUCUUACCCUAUUCUUGUCUACAUAUUUAAAUUAAAGGUGCAAUAGGUGAUUGUCUUCAGAAACAUUUUUUGUUAUGCUGGUUGAAAGUCUCUUCUUAUUUCGAUAGUGGUCUAAAUGUAUUUAUCUGUAUUGAUAUAUUCUGUGGAAGGUGUAGGUCCAAGAAAUGUUCGUCCAAUCAUAACGCUCGGUCCGAGCAUUUUUAUUGGCUUUCCUACCUGCCUGUCAAAGUAUGUAUUUGCAUACCUCUUCGCACCCUGUUCGCGCAGACAGGAUAUGUCAUCAGCGCGUUCACGUACACUAUUGCAGACAGAGCGAGAAUGGCAGACAAACAUCAACAACCCGAUCUUCCUUCCCGGUAUUGUAGUACUUUUACUAACUGUACUAUAAAGUUUUCUCACUGGUGAAUGACACAUUAUGUAGCCCAGCGUUCCCAAUUCCAGUCCUCGCAUAUGCAUGCAUAUUUUGCAUGUCCCCCUUAGUUAACACACCCGAUUCAGAUAACCAGCUCGUUAGAAGUGAGCUGCGUGCAUGAACUGUGUUCUAAUUGACAUGCUCCCUACACAGUGUUCAUUGCUCCAUGAGCAGGGAAAUCCGUUGAAGUUUAUUUCACUUCGGAACAUUCAUUCACAGAUUUGCGCUGCCCAGCAUCUUCACACACAGACGAAACUUACUAGAGAAGUGUGAAGUGUGACAUAAUAUACCUCUGUAAAUACAUACUAUUUAAAUUUGCAUCUCGCACACUUUAAUGCCCUUUGUAUGGAACAUAUACGCUAACUUCGAACUGGAAACUGCUGAUUGUAGUAAUGUUGUCUCUGGUAUUCUGGUCUGUGAGUAUAUAUGCGUGAAGGGGGCGUGGCUUAGACGGUGAUUGCAGGGAAGGUGGGAUGUUCGCUUUCAGUGCUAUCAGGCUAAAGUUAGCAUUUUCCAAGAUCUCCUACUGCACCUUUAAUUGUAAAUUGCAAAAAUAUAUAAAAACAUUCCCAAAUUUUAUGAACAACAACAUUCAACUCAUGCCCACUUAAAGUGUAAGUGAUGGAUAAUUAACAUCUGUCUUUUAAAAUAUAUCCCAUGUUCCUCAAAAACCUUCAAAUUACCAAAUAUAUUUAGGGACAUUUUUCAUAUUCAUGGUUACUAUUUUAGACACGGUUUACAAUGUUUUAAACAUUAUGAAUGGUAAACUGUACACCAGCAGGUUGCAAUGUAAAUCGGUUGUUUCAUCAUUCUCUGUAAAACAUUUGUAUCAGUAAACUGCAUGAAUGCAAGUAAACCAAGCUGCAUUUUUAAUCUAUGUUAAAUAUUGAGAGAGAAUUACAGUUCAAAGCAUUUGUUUGAUCAUUGCAUGGGCACACUUAUCUGUUGCAUUGUUGCUGGUAAAGUAUUGUUUUUUCUUGUUUUACUGAACCCCUACUGUUCUGUUGUGAUUUGUAUCAGAAUCAACUACUGUUUUAAAGCAUAAUCAGUGAUGUCACCCUAUUGAUGAUUGUUGCAUCAAUGUAUACAAAGUCACAUUGGCUCUUGCAUGACAAUGAGUAGGUCUGUCUUUUAACUGCACAUUAAAUUCCAAAUCAGCAGGAGUGUUGUGAGUCUAUUGAAUAUCUCAAUGUAAAGUUACAUUCCUAACUUCAGUAUUAUGCAGUUGUUAUGCUCAAUAGCAAUCCACACAGGAACAUUUCUACUGUAAAUAUAUAUUGUGUGAUUCUUUGUGAUAGCAUGUACAAUACUUCCUGCAAUAAACAUACUGUGUUCUGAUUUUA